GUUCUGACGUUCAGCUGUGCAGGACGAAGUACAAGGAUCCUGGGAACACCAGAAGCUCCUGUGGAUCAAAAUUUCAAGAAAGAGCAAUGGAGAAUGGAUGGAUCCCAAAUCAGAGGCAAAGGCAAGUCCUGAUUUUCUUUGUUUCCCUGAGCCUGUCUGGGGUGGGCACGGAGCUGGGGCCGUAUUCCGUGGUGGAAGAAACGGAGAGAGGCUCCUUCGUAGCCAAUCUAGGGAAAGACCUGGGGUUGGAAUUGUCACAGUUGUCCACCCGUGGGGCCAGAAUAAUUUCCCAGGGAAACAAGGAGCAUUUGCAGCUCAAGGUACAAACUGGAGAUUUGCUCAUCAAUGAGAAAGUAGAUCGCGAGGAGCUGUGCGGUCCCACGGAGCCUUGCCUAUUACAUUUCCAAGUGCUGAUGGCAAAGCCCUUGGAGAUAGUUCAGGGUGAACUGAGAGUGAGAGACAUAAAUGACAAUUCUCCUGUGUUUACUGAAAGAGAGAUGGUUUUUAAAAUACCAGAAAAUAGUCCACUAGGAUAUUCAUUUCCUCUAAAUAAUGCUCUGGACUUGGACGUAGGAAACAAUAGUGUCCAGAAGUAUGCAGUCAGCCCAAACUCCCAUUUCCGUGUUCUAACCCGUAAUCGCAGCGAUGGUAGGAAAUACCCCGAGCUGGUGCUGGAGAAAGAGCUGGACCGGGAGCAGGAGCCUGAACUAAGAUUAACCCUGACAGCACUGGACGGCGGCUCCCCACCUCGGACUGGGACCUCACAGGUCCGCAUUGAAGUGGGAGACAUCAACGACAACGCCCCUGAAUUUCAGCAGCCUGUCUACACGGUGCAAGUCCCCGAGAAUAGUCCGGUAGGCUCCUUGGUGGCCACGGUCUCCGCCAGGGACUUAGACAGUGGAGACAAUGGGAGAAUACUGUACACGCUUUCUAAGUCUUCGGAAGAAACGAGCAAUCUGUUAGAAGUCAAUCCGAUGACCGGGGAAAUCCGGCUGAGGAACCGGGUAGACUUUGAAACGGUGAGGUCUCAUGAAGUGGACAUCGAGGCCACGGAUGGAGGUGGUCUGUCAGGGAAAUGCAACCUCAUCCUACAGGUGGUGGACAUCAAUGACAACCGGCCGCAGGUGACCGUGUCCGCGCUCACAGACCUGGUCCCCGAGAACUCCGCGGAUGUGGUGGUUGCAGUGCUCAGUGUUUCCGAUCGUGACUCUGGAGACAACGGGAAGGUGGUGGCUUCCAUCGAGGAAGAUCUUCCCUUUCUUCUGAAAGCUUCAGGGAAGAACUUCUACACCCUGGUGACGGAGCGGCCGCUGGACCGGGAGGAGAGAGAGGAGUACAACAUCACCAUCACCGUGACGGACGCGGGGAGCCCCCGGCUGCGCACGCAGCACACGCUCGCCGUGCGCGUGGCCGACGAGAACGACAACGCCCCGGAGUUCACGCAGGCCUGCUACACGCUGCGCGUGCGCGAGAACAACAGCCCCGCCCUGGCCCUGGGCAGCGUGCGCGCCACCGACAGGGACGCGGGCAGCAACGCGCAGCUGAGCUACUCGCUGCUGGCCGGGCCGCAGCCCGGGCCCGACGCGGCGGCGCUCGUGUCCAUCGACGCCGACAGCGGGCAGCUGUUCGCCCUGAGGCCGCUGGACUACGAGGCCCUGCCGGCGUUCGAGCUGCGCGUGCGCGCCGCCGACCGAGGCGCGCCCCCGCGCAGCAGCCAGGCGCGGGUGCGCGUGCAGGUGCUGGACGCCAACGACCACGCGCCCCGGGUGCUGUACCCGCCGCAGAACGCGUCUGCGCCCUGCACCGAGCUGCUGCCCAGGGCGGCCGAGCCGGGCUACCUGGUGAGCAAGGUGGUGGCGGUGGACCGCGACUCGGGCCAGAACGCCUGGCUGUCGUUCCGGCUGCUGCAGGCCACGGAGCCCGGGCUGUGGGGCGUGGCGCCGCACAAUGGCGAGGUGCGCACCGCGCGGCCGCUGAGCGAGCGCGACGCGCCCCGCCACCGGCUGCUGCUGCUGGUGCAGGACCAUGGCGAGCCGCCGCGCUCGGCCAGCGUGGCGCUGCACGUGCUGCUGGUCGACGGCUUCUCGCAGGCCCACCUGCCGCCGCCCGCCGCGCCGCCCGAGCGCGCGCAGCCCGACCGCCUGGCCGCCUCGCUGCUCGUCGCGCUGGCCGCCCUGGCCGCCCUGGGCCUCGCGGCGCUGCUGCUCUUCGUGGCCGGCAGGCUGUGCCGGAGGCGCGGGGCGCGCUCGCGGGGCGGCUGCGCGCUGCCCGACCCCCCGUUUCCUGCGCGCCUGCUGGACGCGGGGCCCGCGGGGACGCUGGCGCGCGGCGGCCGCCACCUGGGGGCGCUGCGGGGCGCGACCGGCGCCACCGAGGUCAACUCGCUGAAGCCAAUCUUUCCAAACCUGUCUCCCCAGAUUCCUGGGAACGAGAUAGAGGGAGCGCCGAGCUUCCGCAAUAGUUUGGGGUUCAGUAUUCAGUAACAUGAAUGGUUUCCUUGGAUUUUAAUGGUGACUCCAGAGCCACCAGUGAGUUCAAGUGUCAAAAACCAAUCCUCCCUCCCCUCUUGCCCCAAGGCAGUGGAAAGCCCUGUCUCAGAGCUACCAGUGUGACGUGUGUCUGCUGAGACGUUCUAGGACAAAUGAGUUCAAGUUUCUGAAACCAGUGAUACCUAAUUCGCAUAGGCAUUCCCUUGGUCCAGGAAUGGAAGGA